UGCGCACCGUACCGUUCUGUGUCCCUGUUUCCGGUUGCGCAUUUCCGUUUCACGUGAAGGCAGAAGAAGGUGAACUUUUCAACCAGAUAAUACAUCUGAGGCAAAACCACAACAAAAAUGAUUAAACUUGAAGGACUCGGGCCUAAAAUGGACCCAGAGGAAAUGAAGAGGAAGAUGCGGGAAGACGUCAUCCUUUCGUUACGAAAUUUCCUCAUUUACGUCGCUCUGCUGAGAGCCACCCCAUAUGUGUUAAAGAAACUGGACAGCAUAUGAGUCGAGUUCCUGGUCCAUGUCUCCAUCCACAGUUUUCUACGUCAGAGACGGCGAGGACCUCCUCAUGAAGCCAGCUCGGCCUGUUCCUGGAUCUCUAGAAAACCACCAAUGUUUUUCCUUGGCUUCAUCUGAGACUCUUGCUGUUCUCAUGUUCAGUUUGUGAACUUUAGUCUUAUUUUUUAAGUUUAAACAAUAUGUAAGCUUUGUCUUUCACUAAUGUGUCUACCAGUGUGAUUAUUCAACAAAUAAACUAUUUGUUUAUUUGAUUUUGUCAA